UAGUUGUUGUGGUUGAUGGAAGGUUAGUUUAUUCGCUGGUUUUAUUCGUAUUUCGUCUGAUCGUGUUCAGUUUGAAUUACGAUGGGAACUCCAGAUGAAGCUGUUGAAGAUGACCCCGACAGGAUAUUUUGCGAAAUUUGCAACGUUAAAUAUCCGAAAGCGUACGCAAACAGUCACGUUAACAGUAAAUAUCACAUAAGCAAACUCGGAGGGUCCACCAAGGAAUUAACAGAGAAUAAAAAGCAUUUUCAUUGCGAAACUUGCAAUGUGGAAUUAACAGACAACAAGUUUUUUAAUAGACACAUAGCUAGUGGAACGCACAAGAAACGCGAACGCAGAAAGAAAUUACUUUUAGCUAAAUCCAAGCCGAUCCAUGAAGGUGGUAACACAAAUUUAACGAAAUUCCGAACGUACCUUUUAUGGGAAAAUUCCAUUGACAAUUCUUCAAAAGAAUUGAUUACCGUUGAUCCAGCUUUGUUAUCUUCAUCGAUUGCAGACCAAAAACUACGCAGAAUAAAGUACAAAAUUCGCCCCGAUUCCAAAGCAUUCGAGCAGAUAGAAGCCUACGUUUACACAGUAGCAGCAUUCUUGAGUUUAAAACUAGCAUUGGAUCCAAACGUAAUAGAUUUUAAAUUAUCAGUAAACGACAACCAAUAUCACUCCUUUGGCGAUCUAGUAGUGUACAUUGAACAAAAGGACAAAUCGAACAGUUACUAUGCUAUAAGAUGCAAGCAAAUAUUAACAAUAUCGAAAACUAUAGAGCGCUUCAGCGAUGCCAAGAUCAUCAUCGACAAGCAAAUCAAAAGCGCCAAUAAAUUAAACAAAUUGAAUCACUUCGACGAUAUUAAAUUCGUCGUAUUCACCACGUGCAAUUUAGCUUCGAAUUACCAAGACAAAGUCGAUUAUUACUACAAAUCGCAGGAUAAAUCAAUGAUAAAGCUGAACAUUGUACAGAGCAGGAAAAACGAAAUAAUAAAUGUUUCACCCGACGCAGCAAACGUAUAUUUGGUAACCAAAAAACACGAACCGAGCUCCAGCGAAUCCGAAGACGGCAGGCAUAAGAAACUCGAAAAGAAACUACCGAAAUUAUUCAUCUGCACGAACCAAUACCCCGACGAUUUGGACGAUUUGCUGGAGAAGCACUUCAGCAACUACCCCCAUCUCCCCAGCGUCCACAAACCCUUCGGAAGCUACAUAGAAAACUGGGCGAAGGGCCUCCUGGGCGGCAACUAUCUGCUCACCAAAAGCGACGCCAUCUUGAAGCUGGGCGAGCUGCUGCUCGAGCAGUACGUCAUCCAGCCGAAGAUAGUCAACUUCAAAAGCGACAACUUCGACCAGCUGAACCGCGUCAUGGAAAAAGUAGAUGUGAUGGUGGCCAAAACGGAACCUCUGCUGUUGACGAAGCUCUGCGAGCCCAUCAAUCAGAUGAUCGAACAACUGCUCGAGGUAAAAUUCGACUCGAUCACCAAAACGGUCACCAUCACCAAAGAAGUGCUCAACAAGCAAACCACCAUCAAAUCCUACUUCUUCGAAGAGAUCGACGACCUGGACUCGGAGAUACCCCUCGCGAAAAUCUACAGGGUGUUCUGGAAGGCCGGCAAGAUACCGCUGCUGGUGUACCUGCAAAAGAACGACGACAACGGCAAGAAGUUCAUAUUCGACGUCAUCUCGUUCAUGAAAUCCCACGGCGUCUGCAAGAAAUUCCUGGUCAAAACCGACGUGCCCUACCAGUACUUCAACAAGCCGCCGGAGAACUUGAAGAUAUUCUCCUGCCUAGACGACGUCAAAAAAUACAUCGACUUGACCAAGAUCAAAAUCAAAAUCGCCAACGACUCGUUCCUAUCGCUCCAAGACAUCAGCCAACACGACCCUUACUUCCUCAAAUGGAUCACGCCCAGCAUCUUCUUCGACAUGAUACUGAACAGGUACUCGAUGUCCAAACAGAACCCGUCCGAAUACGACGUCCAAUGCGACUUGAAGAUUAUUUUGGACCACGAAACCAAAGAUAAAGUAUUGGAGAAAGUUUGCAUCGAAAAAUGCGAUGCAGUUAACGUUGGUAGAUUGAAAGAUAUAGACCCAAAAUUAUUUUAAAAGUGAUACUUUGUACUUUAAAACAACAAGAAUUAAUUAUAUUGGGU